AUGACCGGCCAACUGCCACAGUUUUCCAUGACGGCGCAGCCGUUACAGAGAGUCAUUGAGGAGAGUAACAAACAUGGAUCGAGCGUCAUUGUGAUGAUAGAAACUGGGCAAAGUCUCAAAAACGCUGACGAGAUCUCUCAGGUCGAAGGAGUGGACGUGCUGCUUGUCGGUUCCAACGACCUGUGCAUAGAUUUAGGCAUCCCGGGGCAAUUUGAAACGGCUCAGUUCCGUUCAGCGCUUGAAACUGUCAGCCAGGCCUGCAAAAAGCACGACAAGAUUUUUGGUAUAGCCGGCAUUUACGAAGGCUCAGAGACUCUGGAUUGGGCCGUUAAGAGUCUGGAUGUGGGCUUUCUGCUCGGUCAAUACGACGCCUCGAUUAUUUUCAAAGGAUUUAAGCAGAGUGCAGAGUCUAUGAAGAAGUUUUCCAUAGGUCUUUGA